GUCUUCUCAGGCCAGCGCUAUGCAACGGCCGUCGUGGGGGAUUCUGCGGGCUCUCUGGUUAACGGGGAUAUCGAUACUACUGCUCCCUCAGUGGUCCCUGCCUCAGGAUAGCGUGCGUGAGUACAAGGGAGGAAGGCGACGACAGAGCCUCUGGGGCCGCUGAGCCUCCCUUUGCCCCUUCCGCUCGCCUUCCCGCCGUCUCCCCUCGUGCUGCCAGAGGCUUCACGAAGCUCGGCGCGCGAUGGGCGGGUCUUUCCAUGCGCCUGAGGUAAACGCGGAUGUCUCCCCCGCCUACCGCCAGGUGGCGCCGAGGUGUCCUUCCUUGCUCGGCUGCGAGGCCCCCCCCCCCCCUCCGCUGAAAGCAGAACAAAUUGGGCUCCACAUCCUCAGGCGACUGGCUCUGCCAGGCUGCCAUUCUGCCCAGCCAGCUGCGUUUACUCCGGAGUAAGCGCGCAUGGGGAAGAUUCUCGAGGAAUACUUUGGUUGCCAGUGGGGGGGGGGCAGGGAGAGUGUUUUGGCAUGUAAAAAGACUGCAUUGGUGGGGUGUUUUUUUUUUUUAAUGCGGUGUUUGGUACCCACCAAUAGCUGCCAGCCGUGCAAUUUACAAAACGUGUAGUUAGACUGUUGUGGAAAUAUAAAGUAUUGUGGACUAGAGGGUAGGUAUUUCAUCAUAUAAUUUACUUAAACAGGUUUCUCUGUGUUUUAGCAACUACAACAAUCCCCAAAGAACCUAGAAUAUGCACUUUGAAAUAGAUACUUAACCUUGGCUCAUUUUGUGUUCAUGCUCAAUUAUUCCAUAUUUUCAUACCAGUUUGUCACUGGCAUAUUGCCACAAACUAUGAAUGCAAUAAGUUAUCAGAGACAAUGUCUGGCAAAUCACCCAAUUCACAUGCCUCUUGUCAGUGAGGAAAUUGAUAAAUUUGCUGAACCUUAAUUCUUGGCAGAAUUUGAGUUUCAACAGAUAUCAAGACAGUUGAAGUCUCCCAUGACUACUGUGUAUCUCCUUUUUUAAUAUUUUGUAAUCUGUUCUAGGAAGGCAUCAUUCCAAGUCUUCAGUCUGGCUUGGCAAUUUAUAGCAGACACUCACAGUAAGGUCCCUGAUUAUUAUUAUUUAUCCAUAUACUCAAUCUGCCUUCCAUGCCCGUGGAUAUUAUUAGGAUAUGUUACAAAGGCAGGGAUCUUAUGGCUCAAAUACUUCCUACUCCUUCCUCUCAAGUUUCCUUUUCCAGAUUGCAAUUCCCUUUCCCUGAUACCAUGCAAAGUACCUGCACCCACGAGCCUCUUUCCCCAGUUUACGCUGCAGCAGCUGUGGCGUGCAAAGCCAAAUGUGCUUGAGCUGCCUGAGCCAAACAAACAAACAAACAAACAAAUAAAUAAAUAAAUACCCCCCCUCAAAAAUGGACAUUUCCUUUAAAAUAUAAAAAUCCCCUCAGAUGGGCAUGUUGGCCCCCCAAAAGAAAACGUCCAGGAUUUCCCAGACAUAUGACAACCCUAUGGCAUAGGAGCUUGUAUGCCUGGCGCACUUUUAUACCUGCUUCCUGAUGAAUUAGCUCUAGUCUCCACAUGGGAGACUCUGCAAAGGUAAUAAAAUCAGGGUACAGUGGUACCUCGGGAUGCAAAUGGCAUCCGUUUCGGAGCCCCAUUCACACCCUGAACUCAACAUAAGACGUGUCUGCAAGUGCGCGAGUCGCGUUUUGCCGCUUCCGUGCACGCACAUGACGUCAUUUUGAGUGUCUGCGCAUGCGCGAGUGGCGAAACCUGUAAGUAACGCGCUCCGUUACUUCCGGGUUGCCGCAGGGCGCAACUCGAAUGCGCUCAACCCGAAGCACAUUCAACCCAAUGACUGUAUUGUGAAUUUCCAGAGCUGAGAUAAAAUGACCAUCCAGUUCAUAAGUAGCCAAGACCAGAUUUCAGUUAUUUAUGGGGGGGGGGUUGGGGGGGCCGGUUAGGGGUUGGGAACAAAGCGUUUUGGAUGAGAUGUACUUACCAUGGCAGUAGUAGAGGCUUCCUUCUCUCUUUUUUUAUCCCUUUUGACUUUAACACUUAUGAAAUGUUGCCUGUUGUGGCAGCAUCUUUUUGUUAACCAUUUAAAAAUGCUGCCUGUUGUGAGGGAGCAACCAGAACAGAGUUCUGUCUGCUGUAUCCCCACUACCCUACCCUCUAAAUGCUUCAGCAAGCACCAUUUCUUUCUAUAUAAAAAUGAGGUUUAAAAAUGGCACUGAAGCUGGGGAAGAUUUUUGAAGGGAAAUAACUAAUGUUCUCUGUAGCUGCACAGGAAUUGGAGAGCAUUCCUCCAGGCAGUCAUUCUCCUCCUAGAAGGCACUGUGACAAUGUUACACAGUGCUACAACUUGCAUCAUCUUGCAUCUUUUUUGGAGGAGAAUACUGUAAUGGCCAGUAGAAAGCCUCUCCAAGAAAGAGUGCCUUUACAGAGAGGCAAGAGUGCUUUUAAAAUGGGAUGGAGGCAUUGAAAGGUAAAAACUCCCUCCCUGAAACAGGGAUAGUUGUUUCCAUUUGGGGACUGAACUACUGUUCCCUGAACUAGUUUUGUUCAGCCCUAAAACCAGGGAGUGAGCUCCCUCUCUCAUCAUUUUAGAGCUUUCCAGAAGAUUCUAUCUCUGUGGGUAAAUUCCCAUAUGUAUGACUCUGCAAAUAACUAUUUAAAGAGAAAUAAUUAUUGGUUUCCCCCAAUUUUGGUCUAAUAUUACAAUUUUGCCGCCAUUAUACAAAAUAAAAUAGAAAUUUACUUGUCAUCUGGGCAGCGCAGGACCUGUAUACAUACUGCCCUGGGGAGGUCACUUCAGUGUUGUUAACACACUAGUUUGACUUUGCCCUUGGAGGCACACUCCAUUGUUUCUCAAGAUAGAUGGAUGUCAACCAACAAUAUGCUUAAAUAAAUUUUAAUAUUUUAAAGCAUCAAGAAUUGAAUAACCAAAAUAUAAUACCAUUAUAGCAUUAUGAAUAUGAACUUUUUCUGAUAUGUUUCUAGGUUUCUUCUGUACAAUUGCUCCAAACAUUUCUAAUGGAUCUCACAAUGGGACUGGAGCCCCUUUUUAUGCUCUUGGAACAGUGAUAACAUACACUUGCCAUGAUAAUUUCUCUCUUAUUGGAGCACACUCUAUUUCCUGUGGCAUGGAUGGUGAUACUAAAGGAGUGUGGAAGGGAAAGCCCCCUAAAUGCAAAGGUUGCAUUUUCUUUUACUCUUCAUUCAUGAUAUAUUAUGAUUCAUAAUAUAUUAAAAGGGAACUUUAUUCUAGAUAGCUGUAUACUUGUCCUCUUGUCCCUCCCUUUAUUUGGCUUUGAAUUGAUAUUAAGCUUCAUUGUUCACGUUCAGAAUCCCUAAGUUGUUUAAUGAUAUUUUAUGUGUGGAGUGAUUGACAGAGGUACUUUUGUUCUCCUUUUAUGUUUGUGCUCUAUCUCAGUAAACAUUGCAUUUCACUUUUGUGCUAUACAGAAGCGAAUGGGGAAGCCCCAAUGUUUACAGGCAGUGAGGCUAUAUACCACGCUCCCAGUUCAUGGAUGUAGCCAGGAUUUUUGUUGGGGGGGGGAGGGAGAGAACAUCAGUUUGCUAAGUAUUUUCAUUGAUUUUUAUUUAUUAUGGGGGGCAGCUGCCCCCCUGUGCCCCCUGCUAUGCCCAUGCCCGUGCCCCAGUUCUAGGUUUUGUAUAAACUGGCUAUCUUAGUGGUCCUGAUUUUGGUUAACGUGCAUUAGCAGAUUAUUAGCUCUACAGGCCGUUCCUUCUCUGCUACUUUUCAGAGAGAAUGUGGUUUUUUUCCUAGGCUCCAAUUUCAAACCAGCCCAUCCCUUUCCACUUCCAGCAUUAUCCCCUCCACCAAGGUGAUGCCCUGGACUGGAAAAUAAAUUUAGCUUUCCUUUUGCACUGUUAAAUCCAAUGCCACUUAGCUCACCAUAUUAAUCAAAACACUGAAUAAACCCCAGCACUCAGGAAUCUAGAGGGGGUCAGGGCACACAGAAACUUUGUGGAGUCAGGGUACCCACAGUGACAGUUUUACAUGUCACCCUAACCUCUGCUGAAUGUGUGCAAGAUUCUAGGGUUUGGGGCACUUGACCACAGUUUGUGUUCCUUCAGAAUGAGGCACCUAUUUACCACCUGGGUUUUGAUGGAGAGAGAGUUCACAACAUUUAAAUCUCAAGAGGGGCUUGCUCUUCCCAGCCGCACAGCAUUGGAUUCAGUGCCAUCCCCAUGUGUCUCUGUAAAAACCUGGUCCAGCCAGCCUGCAUGGUUGCACAAACCAGACCACUAUCAGCCUUUUGUUUCUUCAAGAUGCACUCCCAGCAAGCCAUUGCCAGGCUGGUCUCAUGAGGAAGCUAGCCAGUAUUAUUUCCUAGCUUUGGCUAAAUUAAUGAAUUUAUGAGUUUGCUCAAAUCACAACCCAUCACUGACUCACUUAUCAGGUUAUACACACAAAGGGGGCUGGAGAUAGAUUGGAUGCAUGAUCAUGGCAUGGGGAGUGGGGUUCACGCUUUGUUUCCUUAUAUGGCUUCUAUUUGCAUUGGGAGAGAAGUUCAUUUUUUAAAAAUCAUGACUAAAGCUGUGAAUAAAGCCAUUUCUCUGCAAAAUCUAAACAUUUGAGAGAUCCAUUCAUCAUGCUUUGUGGUCUAAUGGUCAGUGGAUUGGCCUUCCAUAGUAUCUGUUUAGCAUUUCUGUACUGGAUCUGUCACCAUAUGUUUAUUAGCACUUGGAGCUAAUAAAUUGUUAACCUUGGAGAGGUUUCUAGAAGAUCCCACCUGUGAUCUCCUUAAUGGAUUAUUUCCUAUAUCUAUUCAGGUAGGUAGCCGUGUUGGUCUCUGACGCAGUCAAAAUAAAAUUUUUUAAAAUUGUCCAUUAGCACCUUAGAGACCAACUAAGUUUGUUCUGGGUAUAAGCUUUCGUGCACAUGUUCCUAUAUAUAUAUGUACUGUAAUUGUUUGGAAUACCAAUUUAAACAUUAGAUACAGAUCAGCAAUUCUAAUACAAGUGACACCACGUUUUAGUUUUAUUUAUUUUAAACAUCCAGGGCAGUUAGUAACAGCUUUUGUAGAGAACGUGUGACAUAGAAGAUAUAGGGCACAGAGUAACAUAUAGCCAGACAUUGAGUAUCAGGUUUUUGGUUUUUUUUAGAAAACUAACUUUUUAAUAAGGCUUCAGCAGAAUAUACUGACAUUUGAGAAAAUGUAAAUAAACUAUAUGCAAUGUUCUAUUUCUUAGUUUUUGUUUUUUAAUAUUCCUGUCUGCUUAUAGUGGUGAAAUGUAAAGAUCCAGUAGUUGAACAUGGAUUAAUAUUAAGCGGAUUUGGACAUUCGUAUACAUAUGGCAACACUAUUAUAUUUGAAUGCAAAACUGGAUAUUUUCUGAUGGGAAAUUAUUUGAUUAAAUGCGGAGCGAACAGUAGCUGGUAUCCUGCGCUGCCUUCAUGUAAAGAAAGUAAGAAUAUCAAAGCAUUCAAAUAGCAAUUAUGCUUCCUCAGUCAGUGAUAAAAGAUGGUUUACUAAAUGUGGACAUGUGCUUUUCACUUUAUAAAUUCAACAUCAGAAGGGACAUCUCCCAAAUUCUCUCCUACUUUUAUCCUGUUGAAUAGCAUUAACAAAGUAUGUGUGACUGUUGAAUGGUUAAAAGAAUAUUUGACAUCCUGGCGGAAUGCACUUUGAGGAAUGUGUGUUGUUUAUAAAGGGUCAGUUCUUCUUUCAGUUUCCCUCUUGUAAGUUCUCAUCUUUAAUUAGCUAGAACAAGUUUGUUUGUUUACAUUUAUAUUUCAUCUUCCCUCAUGGAACACAAUGUUUAUUUUUACAAUUUUUGUGGGGACUUUUUUGUUGCAGUUGAUCCAGGUUUAUGCGGUGCCCCAUUAAUUCCAAGUGGGACUGUGCGUCCAUUGCGACAUCAGUAUAAGAUUGGAACAAGUGUUGUUGUAACCUGUAAUAAGCAGUAUUCUUUUCCUGAUGAAACCAUGGAGAUGAAUGUAGCAUGCCAAGGCUACAAUUCCUGGUAUCCUCCUGUGCAAGCAUGUUUCUGUAGGUAUAAAUAUAGCUUUGGGGUAUUCAGUGAUUUCUGUGUUUAUUUACCACAAAAUUAAUACCACAUCAUAGGGCUACUACUUUAAUACCUCCCUAUGUUUGUGCUCACAUAUAAUGCAAGAGGAGCUACACUGAUUAAUUGCUAGCUGGAUUCAAAAGGCAUUGCUUUGCCUUACGUUCAAAGGAUGGUCUAGGGCAGGGGUCUGCAACCCGCCGCUCCGGAGCCGCAUGUGGCUCUUUUACACCUUUGCCGCGGCUCCGGGGCGGAUACUAGCGAGGGGAGGAGGUGCAUUGUGCGCCCCGACACUCCCCACUGUGGCGGGCGCUGUACUGGCUGUGACAUCACAUCGGGGUGGUGCGUGCGUUAGUCACGCACCAUCCCGACGUCACCUUCCCGGUUUUGCGGCUCCCUGUUUUUUUUCCUUCGGAAAUCGGUCCAAGUGGCUCUUUUUGUCUUAAAGGUUGCAGACCCCUGGUCUAGGGGAAACGUAGAACUAAUCAGAACAAUUGUUUAAAGUGGUAUGGUGUCUGCCUACUGUCAAGGAAAUGUAUUGCAUGGGAUUAAAGCAGAGAGUUGCAUCCUUUCCUUUUGAAUUAACUAAUCUGGAAGUAUACGCAGCACAACAUUGCUCAAAAACAGUCAGUUGGGAUUGUUAUUUUGCUCAUUAUUGUAUGUACUACAAUUCCAGAAACUGAAAGAAUGGGAGAGACAUCAAAUCAGAUCAGUAUAUAAAAAGAAAUAGAACUCAAUGAACUUUGUUACUGACAACUUGAUGGUAGAGGAAGGAUGAUGGCUAAUUUUGAGCCAUAAAACCUUACAUUGCUCAGAACCUCAAUACUUUAGGGGCUUUCGUCACCUCAUAUGAACUUUCAUGGACUCUGUAGUUAUAAUCAGAGACCUCAGUGUACCCAUCUCUGGGGGAGGUGUGGGAGGUGGCAACACAAGAAUGGGCAUUUUAAGUGGUCACUCCUCCUUUGUGGAAUUGUGGCACUAAUGUUUAUCCAGGCUGUUAAUUAAAUGGAAUCAUGCUGCAGGGAUCAAGACCAUAUUUGGCCUGAUUGUAGUUGUAAUUUUUAGUUGGCUGUGGUAUGUUUUAUCAUUUUUACAAUAUUUUUUAUCACUUUUUAGAUCAAAUCUGGCUUUUUGUAUUUUCUUGCUGUAUUUGUUUUUAAAUGUGAAUCUUGAAUCUGCUUUGAGACAUUGUGGAAAGUGCCAAAUAAUAUAGAUAUAUAUAUUAAGGAUUUUUGUAUACAAACCAAGAAUUAAGAAUUUACAACACUAUACAGGUGAAACUCGAAAAAUUAGAAUAUUGUGGAAAAGUACAUUUAUUUCAGUAAUUCAGCUUAACAGGUGAAACUCGAAAAAUUAGAAUAUCGUGGAAAAGUUCAUUUAUUUCAGUAAUUCAGCUUAAAAGGUGAAACUAAUAUAUGAGAUAGACUCAUGACAUGCAAAGAGAAAUAUGUAAAGCCUUUAUUUGCUAUAAUUGUGAUCAUUAUGGCGUACAGCUGAUGAAAACCCCAAAUUAACAAUCUCAGAAAAUUAGAAUAUUAAAUGAAAUCAGCAAAACAAGGAUUGCAAAUAGAGCAAUAUUGGACCACUGGGAAGUAGAAGCAUGCAUAUCUCUCUUUGCAUGUCACGAGCCUAUCUCAUAUAUUAGUUUCACCUUUUAAGUUGAAUUGCUGAAAUAAACGAACUUUUCCACGAUAUUCUAAUUUUUUUUAGUUUCACCUGUACAUUGCAAUGUUUUCUUAAUGUUUUGGUGACAAACACUUUUCAUGUUGCAAAUUAAAUUGUGCCUUUUUUACGAAGUCAGACUAUAGGGCCAUUUAAGUCAGUAUUACCCAUACUGACAUGCAGCAGCUCUCUAGUAUUUUGGGCAGGGGGCAUUCCCAGCCCUAGAUAGCAUAUAUUAAACAUGGGAUCUUUUGCAUACAAAGUAAGUGUGCUACCACUGAGCUACAGCCCUUCCAACCACAACACCACUUUGUUAAGCUAAAAUAUGAAAUAUUUGGAAAAUAAUGUGUGCUUUAGUGUUGCUUUGUUUUGUUUAUAAUAGUUUGUGUUUUCAGUUAGAACUUCACCAGACAUUUAUUACCUGUCUAUCCGUAAUGCAAGAAUAAUCCGGGGGAAGAAAACCAGCUAUGAGCCUGGAGAUACAGUUACUAUUCGAUGUUCUGCUGGCUAUACAUUAGCAGGGCCAUCUGAGAUUCGCUACAUUGGUGGGAAGCAAUGGUCACCUAAACUUCCAUCUUGUUACCUGAGUACGUAUGAAGUUGUAGAUAUAUAGCAACACUUAUCUGACACUGCUGUCACUUUUCAGGUGUCACUCUUGCUUUUCCUCAUACAGGAGAUUUUCUUUCUAUUACUAGCUUGAGUUUGAUGCAUAUAGGCAGUUCACCUGGCAGUAGGCCACUGGGAGCACCCUCUGUAAUAAUUAAGAGUCCCUGUGAGUGAGCUAGGAAAGAGGAUAGGUGGCUAGGGAACCUGUUCCUGACACCAGUGGAUAAUCUAAAGCAGGAAUAGGGCUUCCACGUGUUACUGGACUACUACAACUCGUAACAAAUCCUAACAAACUUUGAAGGUCCAUAGGUUCCCCAUUCCUGAUGUGAAGUAAAGUAAAUUUCCAUUCUACCAACUCUUUAAGAAGUGUAAUACUUAAAACCAAUUAGAAGCAAAUAGUAUUCUCCUACCUUUCAUUUUAUAAGCCACAUUGAAAAAGAAACUAGACUAUUAUAAACAGAAACGAAUGGCCAGAUGGGGAAAGAACUACUACAUUCAUGAGCAUACACUGUCAUAAACCUAGUUUGUGUUUCAUUUUGUGGAUAAAAUUGCUAUUGUACUUGGAUGUCAGAGUUUGAUAAGAAGGAUGGAUGGAUUUGCAAUGAUAUCUAGUCAUGUAUUCCAACCUUAAGAUGUAGAGAAGCUUCUUGGAAGCUUGAGACUUACCACCUGUUCACUGGAUCCUGGGUUCUUUUUGGAUAUUAAGGACUGAGGUGACCAUGUAGAUCUUUGGAGUAAUGAAUUGGACCAAGGUGGAGAGCCUUUAGCUUACUGGGAAAACUUGGUCCACCAGGGUUCCAAAUUUGGUCUGCAGCAGCAUUACCCCCCUCCCCCCCCCGGCAAUAAGAAAAUAUGUCCACCAAUCUACACUUUACAUUGUAUGUGAUGUCAGUUUUGAGGCAGGUACUUAAAGUCAGUUCCCAGUUGUUCCUUUACUUGAGUAAGAUGUGGUCUCACCACCCACCUUGCUCAAGGAGGAGGAAGUGUUAUUUCAGCAAGCAUCAAACAGAGACUAAGACAUAUAUAGCAGCAGCAGCAGCAGCAGCAGCCCCAUUGCUAGCCCUGUCUCACUGGAAGGUGCCUUUUCAAUUAAAGGCCCCCAGCCUGUUCCAUCAGUCUUCUACUCCAGUGGAGCAGGGGAGACCCUGGUCUCAACUGGGGCCUCUGUGAUGGAGUCCUUAGAGUAUGAAGAUGGCAACACUGUAUCCUCAAAUUGGAGCGGCACUGGCACAACAGACGUAUCUGAUGGAAGUGCUUCUAGGAUUGGUCCCGCAUAUCUUUCCCCUUCUGCUUCAGAGUUCUUGCCCUCAUCCAUUGAAGACAAGGAAUCCAGCUCCAGGGUUGUGACAUAGUUUUGCCUGGUGUACUAGUUACUUACCUUCCUGGAAAAGAUAGCUCUGGCCAUGGUGACACAUACCUUGGUCACUUACAGGUGUAGGGCUGCCCUUGAAAAGUUUUCGGAAACUAAAUAAAGAGAAAUUAAAAAAAAAAAAGUUUUCGGAAACUGCAGCUGCUGCAAAACAUAGUUGGCAGGUAUGUGCUUUUAGACCAUAGUAUGCUGGUUUUACAUCAGUUGCAUUGAUUUCAGAUUUGUUUCCAUACUCAACUUAUGGUGCUGGUUUUACCUUUAUAGCUCUAAAGUGUUUUGAGACUAAAAUAUCUGAAAGACAGCCUCCUCCAAUACAAACCUGAAUAUAGGUUGCAUCUUUGGAGUCCUCUUGCCCCACCACUUAGAGUUUCUCUGUGGCAACACCCCAUCUCUGAAAUUCCCUCCUGAGAUAUGAGUGGCAUCCCUGAUAGACUUCAAGUGUGAAUUAAACACAUUUAAUUCUCCUGGCCUUCAGUGGUAACUAAUUAAGAUAGUUGUAAUCUCUUGAAAUGUUCUUAUAGUGAUUGUACAUUGUUUUGACUUACAUAAAUAUUUUUACAAUGCAUUAAAAGGUGGAAUAGAUACCUUUGAAACCAUGUAAUUGGUGCCACUUGGUGCUUUCCUCAUGGGGCUAAUAACUGAGCUAGUAAUUUUCAUCAGGACAGUCCCAGAGGGGGAAAGGGUUACACCCCACACUAGUGGACAAAAAAAUACCCCCAUGCCUCCUUUUUAAGAACAAGACCCAAUAACAUGACACAUUUAGCAUCACAUCUACUCUGGCCCUGAAAUACGUCCACCGGCUGUAGUGUGAAAUUAAUAGUCAUUGGCAGUGCUUCAGCUAAAAUUUAUUUCUGAUGUGACUGCCAGUGCGAAUGAGCAUUUCUUUUAAUUAGUAUUAAAGUUUUGUGAGAAGCUCACUUAUCAGAAUCAUUUCCCCUCUCUUCUAGGUUUUGUCUUCGUACUGCUUAUAGCUGGUAUGUAAUUUAUUGAAACUGAAUAAGAAAUACCUGAAAAUGCACUUUCAAAUUUCUUAAGCAAGGACCAGAGUUUUGCAGAGUCUACACACUUUUACAAUAGGAAAGCUGAGCACUAUUCAACAGAUGUUAAACAUUUUUAACUUUCACAUUUCAACUACUGUUUACUUUGUCUAGAGGAACAAAUGCAAACAGGCACUGGCAUUUUUUUCCUGAUGAGGGAAAGAGCAAAUGGUUGCUAAGGCAGCAAUAUGGGGUGUAGUAGAAAUGAACUUGAGGUGAAGGUGUGAUGGAGGUUCCAUCAUUCCAAUAAAGUUCUGCCAUAAAAUUGGUUUAAUUUAAUCUGUCAAUUCAGCAUAAAAUCCAAACCAUGGCCAUUAGAAUAACGCAAUAAAACCAUAACCUCUUAAUUAAAAAAUGGUCUGCAUCAGAAAUGUUUUCAAAGCCUGCAUCUCCCAUGGUAGAGAGUUUUGUAUCCUUGGGCCCACUGUCAUAAAUUCUCUGUGUUCUGCCCACCAACCUACCUGACUCCGCUGGUGAGCAUUCAAAUAGGGCUUCUGUAACUGUCAAUAGAUGUUCAAGGUGGAGAAAGCUUGUGGCUCAGUGGGAAAGAUCUUCAUUUCCUCCCACUCCGUGGGCUAACUUUGACAGGUGGCUGCUUCCAAUUACCUGUCAAAGUUGACCUGCAGGCUGGUGGGGAGGGGAUGAGUAUGCAUUACUAGUGUUUUCCCCACAGGGAAAGAACUUGCAAAAUAGUGCCCAGUAGGACUGAAUCCUACCUCUGCAACAAACAGUUGAUUAACAAGUGGGUGUGGUUGGGGGAAAUGGCCUCACAAACCAAAUCAGACCUGAUAGACCAAGAUUGGUCCACAUGCUGGAGGUUUCCCAUGCCUGGCAUAGGCAGUCCGAUAAAUGACUCGACCACAAAACAUUUAGUGUUGUAAAAGUCAAAACCCACACUUUAUUUGGGCUGAGAAGCAAAUAGGUCCAAUGGGUUGGGUUCAAAUGUUGCUGGCACAUCAGUCAAAAUUGAUGAAACAUACUCUUAGGCACUUCUGUUCCCUGCGCUUCCAUAAAUAACACUAAGUCUAGGAGGACCCCCAAGUUACAAAUUUGGACUUUCAGAAUGAGUUUAAAUAUCUCCAGAUCCAGUUGAAUACCUCUUUUCAAAACAAUAGACACUCACAGAAUCUCAAUCCUGUCUUAAUCUUCAGUUUAUCUGCUGUGCUCCCCCCAAAAAACUGCUUUCAGACACCUGUUCAAAUGUUCCACAAUCCAGCCAUGCAAAAAAACAGUGAUUUCUUACAAGUAUAUCUCACCAUCCAGCAAAGACAGAGGUAUCAUUUCAAGCAGGCAAUGGCACUAGAAUGUAGGGCUGUGGCCUGGCAGAUAAGGCCUCAAGGCUCACGCUUGGCCCUGGGGUCUCAAGUUCCAGACUCCACUAUAGAAGUGAGGCAAUGAAUAGGGCACUCUUUUCUAAUCCACUGUGACAAGAAAAGGCAGUUUGGAAGGCAUAUGUGAAACACUCACUUGGCCUGAUGGAUAUUUCAUGAGCAUCCCUUUGAACUGGCCUUCAGAACAGAAAUUUAGUAAAACUAUUAUUAAGGACCACCCUGGGAUUGAUUGCCUUUUCUAAAAAAUGAAAUAGAUGUACACUAUUGACUAGAUUGUAUUUGCUGGAUUGAUGACAUUAUGUCACUAUAUAUUGGCUGAUAUUUUCCUAUUUUGAAUAAAUUCUGCCUAAUCUGAGUUAACACAUGAAACUGUAUUAUAAUAAAUUCUUCUUUAAGAAGCAGAACUCGUUUGUAAAACUCAGGGUGUGGGCAAUGUUUCCCUGAUUCAAUUAUUAGAAUCAACAUUGCCUCUUUCCAAAAUUUGAAUAAUAGUCUCAGUUGUAUUGCCUCAUGGAUGGUUUUCCAAUCAUUUCUUGAAGCAAACUACAAUAUUAUUCAAUGUUUGUUCAGGAGCUAUUGUUGUACAGAAUAUUCAUUCUUGUUUUUAAUUCCUUUGCUGUAUUUUUUCCAUCCAGAAGAAACGAUACAAGGAAGUUUUAUGGUUUUUACCAUAUGGUUACAAAAUUAUGGGGAAUUCACACAAUAUUGUCUAUGAAGUAGUAUCUCUGGAAAUCAUGGCAAAGCAGCUAUUUCAAAUGGUUCCGUAUAUUUGAAAAUAAAUGUGGUGAAAUCACCAUGUGCAUUCUGUUCUUUACUAUCUCAAAGUAAACCAGUGAAUGGGUUCUUAAGGUGACUUUUUACUGUUGUUUUUUUUUUUAAGCAUGUUUGCUUAUUUUCUUAUGGCUGCCAGCCCAAUCGGUUUACGCGGCCUUGUGUUCCGGAUAAAGGUAAGACUUUACCAACCUCUUACUCUCCUUUCUUCUUUGCACCUCUAAGGACCACCACACACAUUAUGUACACAGAAAAGGGGGCCUGGGGGACCAGAUCUCUUAUCUGAGAAAGUGUGUAUGCAUUCAGUGGCUUUUAAGCACUUUCUUUUGGGGAUAAAGCCUUAUAGCUCCCAGAAAGCCCACACCUAAAUGUGGUGCAGGUCCUCCAAAGUAGCAUAAGGCACUGCUAAUGAAAAAAAGUAAGGCAGCCCACUCCUGUGCAUGUAAGAGCUUGGUGAUUCAAUCACUUCAGUUAGUUGAUGACUGAAUAAUCCUUUAGGUGAUUUAACUGAUGAAAUCUGAGGAACAUACAUGCUUACUUUUCCAGGGUCUUUUUAAUUUUCCUAUACAGUGGUACCUCGGGUUAAGUACUAAAUUCGUUCCGGAGGUCCGUUCUUAACCUGAAACUGUUCUUAACCUGAAGCACCACUUUAGCUAAUGGGGCCUCCUGCUGCCGCCGCGCCGCCGGAGCACGAUUUCUGUUCUCAUCCUGAAGCAAAGUUCUUAACCUGAGGUACUGCUUCCGGGUUAGUGGAAUCUGUAACACGAAGUGUUUGUAACUCGAGGGGUUUGUAACCCAAGGUACCACUGUAUUAAGCUUGUGGGCCCUUGAUAUUUUAGCCCCCACAAUAUUAAAUGCCAGGGAAAGCUACAGAUUCAAGAAACAGCAAAAAAAAUUAUAAUGCUGAAACAAGUGUUUUUAAUCUUUAACAUUUAACCCAUUGUUUGUUAAAACAAGGCUUUAUUCUAGUUAUUCAGCAUAAACACAUGCAGUAGAUCUAAUUGCAUGAUAAAAAUGUUAUCAGACAAGCCUAUAGCCUCCCUCCAGCCCACCUAGUUGGGUUACAUUUAUAAUAUAGUAAGCAUUAUUUUGAGAGUUCUGCAAGCCUCUAUUUCAGAGUGUUUAUUUGACCUUAAAAUGUAUGUAUAGUUAUGAAUGUGAAAAUCAUUAUCAUAUAAAAAUAAAAUUAAAUAAAUACAUUUAAAAUUAAAUUCCUACAAUACUAAUACUUAAAUGGAAGACUCUGGGCUGAACUAAGCAUUUGCAUGUGAAGCAUGUAAUUAACAGCUGUUUUAAAAUAAAAUAUUUUGGAAUGGGGCAAUAUAAAGAAAAAAAGGAGACGCUGAACCAUUCCUACUACUUCUCUGCCCUAAAUAAAAACUGGAAUCUGAACUCUCUAUGGGGUAGAGGCAGGGAUUUGAGGUAGGAAAGCAGCAGAACUGGUAAGAGUUAAGCACCUCUCCCCAUGUCUGCUCUAAAUUGUUCCAUCCCAAGCUUUUUUCCUUAAAAACUGGACAGUAUAAGCAUGGUUUAAUUACAUGCACCUGCCAGUAGAACUAUCACAGUUUAUGUUGUUGGUUAGCUUUAUUCAUUUAUUUAUUUCAUUUAUAUUCCACCUUUCAUUCAAGUAGUUCAUGGUGCAGUACAUGGUUUCCCCUCUCUCCAUUUUAUCCCCUCAACAGCCCUAUGAGGUACCGUAUUUUUUGCUCUAUAAGACUCACUUUUUCCUUCCUAAAAAGUAAGGGGAAAUGUGUGUGCGUCUUAUGGAGCGAAUGCAGGCUGCUCAGCUAUCCCAGAAGCCAGAACAGCAAGAGGGAUCACUGCUUUCACUGCUCAGCAAUCCCUCUUGCUGUUCUGGCUUCUGGGAUUCAGAAUAUUUUUUCCUUGUUUUCCUCCUCCAAAAACUAGGUGCGUCUUAUGGUCUGGUGCGUCUUAUAGACGGAAAAAUAUGGUAAUUAGUGUGGGAAUGUUAAGAAUAGUAGGAAAGGAUAUAUUGAAUAAGUAUUAUCCUUCUUCACCCACACUAGUGAGUGAUGUAGCAGAGCAAUUUCCCCUCAAUAUAGCUGGAAGCUAGUUUGCAGAUUUGUUUGAAUCCCUUAGUUAAAAUUAUUUCCUGGUGUCCCCUUUAAUCCCUCUUACAAGAAUAAAGACACAAGAGUCUUUCUGAGUAAAGUAACAAAAAGUUUACUCACAUUUCAGUUCAUGAUUUGAUCCCUGAAAGGCAGGCUUUACUUAAUAGUCACACAAGAAAGUCUGAGUUUGUCUCAUAUGGAGAUUGAACUCAAGUGCAAAAUUACAUUAAGGUAACAAAAUAGCUGCCGGAGAGCAGCAUGGCAGCAAAAGAUCAGCAAGCAAGAGAGCAAGAAAGGACUGAGGAAAUGGCUGCGUGACUCAGCCAGCGCCAUGUCCAUCUUCCAGGUCACAUGCAGGGGGAGGAUGCUCCAGAUCAGUGGAACAGGAAGUUACACUGACUGGAUGUCCCCCUGCCUGUGCCCACUCUAGGGAAAUAAGGAAUGUUGCACUUAACUGUACCAAUGGAUUACAUCCCACAAUUAGAUACUGGAAUAUCUAUUCUGCUGUUUCUAUAGAAUCUUUCACAGUACAAAGUUAUACAGUGGUACCUCUGGUUACAGACAGGAUCCAUUCUGGAGGCCUGGCCAUAUCCCGAAAAGUCCGUAACCAGAGGCGCCCUUCUUUACAUGCGUGCAGCGCGAUUCAGUGCUUGUGUGCAUGCUCGUGCAGCGAAACCUGGAAAUAUACACUUCCGGGUUUGCUGUAUUCACAACCCGAAGUUUACGUAUCCGGAGGGAUACAUAAACAGAGGUACGACUGUAUUCUUUACUCGAGUUCUCAGAGUUAGAAGUUUUGAAGUUACUCCAGGAAUCUGAGAGAGUGUUAGCCUUGCAACAGUUACCCUGGGUAUGUCUCUUGGCUGAAAGGCGGCAUAUAAAUUAACAGUAACAUAACAUCCCUGAGAAAUAGGAUACCUAAGAGUCAGGAGCUUGCCCAGUGUCAUUAUCAUAGAACUGUAAGGUUGUAAAGGACCCUGAGGAUAAUCUAGUUCAGCCCCUUGAUCCUACAACCAUGGGGUUAUCAGCACGAUGCUCUAACCAACUGAACUAUCCUUGUUCUAGCAGGGCUUGUAGGUUGAAUCAUGCUCUAAGUUACUAACUCAGUUGCUCUGGAAAAAAACCAAAAGUAGAACUUUUGGCAAAAAUAGUACUAAUGUGGCAAAAUUAUUUUACUCGCCCUUAAAAGUGUACUGUUUUGUUGUUACUUUCCUCAAGCUAAAGUAUAGGACUUGCAGUUAAUUGUAGGAGCUAUACGAAGCUUAAAAUCUUAUUUUCUUUUUUCAUUUACUCUAGCUAUUCUAAAACAACUGCUAAGAUGAUACACCAAGUAUACUAGAAUACCAAAGAUGCUUAAGCUCUCCUGAAUCUUCAUACCUCUUUGGAAAAGUGACUUGUGUAAUGACAAAUGCUGCUGUGGCAGCACCUUGUGGAAUUCUAUAUGAACAAACUGCUGCAUUCCCCAACAGCCUCUAAGGAUGGAACUAAAUGUUAAAAGAAAUCCAGGUUAUCUCUGAAAAUGCCACAUCUGUUCUGACUUUUAUUCUUUCUUCUCCUUAAUGUCUAGUCAUUGCAACUUACCCCAUGCAAUCAUGUCAUUACACCGUAUAUAUGCUCAACUGCACUGUCACUGUCUUCUGCUGUUAGAGAAAUGUAUAGCAUAAAGAUGUUGAACACAUCAUUAAAUUCUGUAGAGCAGAAGAAAUCCAAACCAGGGCUGUAUCCACUUUGAGACUGCUUCACUGUCAGUCUCCGUUGUCAUGAAAAGGGGUUACCUUGAAUUAAUUAAAAACCUCUUACAAUCCAAUAUAUCAAAAUACAGUAGUAGUCCUUCUGUUGUAAACAGAAUGUCAUUACUAUCCAUGAUGGUUUUCCAGAGCAACACUCGGCUGCUUUUUUCAAAAUCUCUUUGGAUUUUAGAAGUUCACAAAUGCCAUUCUGGGGUAAGACUUCAUGUUUGAGAUGUACUUGGUUUAUACUGACCACUGCUUUAAAUCUGAAUUGUAUAAAUUGAUGAAGAUAAUUUUGUACUUUUGUGAAUCAAAGAUUUUAUAUUGUAGGAAAUAUCAUGCAUAUGUAUCAAUGUGAUAUGUUAAAUCUCUGCUUUAUAAAUGGUGUGUAGAUAGUGUGUGUCCCUGUACCUUUUUAGGCAGUUACUAGUCCUUGACUAAAAUGAUACUGUGUGAGAAUCUUGCAAGAGUAGUCUGCACCACAAAUGAAAUCCUAAUAUACUAACGUAAGUUUUCAGCCAUAUACAAAAAACCAACAAUACAUACCACAGAUCACCAGUAAAUCCUCAGCUUCAACGAUGCCAUUUUCAGUCUCCUACAGAUGAAAGUUAAUUCUAAUUCCUUUAGAAAAAAACUUCAUCGGAUUCCACCUAGAACAAAGUGCACUACUCUUUCCAGGAUAGUUGCCUGCAUUAAUUCUUCCAACUUAACCCAUUUUCCUUAACCCAUUAACCCUACUACAUAAUUCUCUGCUGAAUUAUGCUGAGGCAUAUUAUAUGACAUUAAAAUUUCAAAACAUUUACACACAAAAUGUCUGGAAUGCUAUUAUAACCCCACUGGCCCAAAGAUAUGAUACACUCCCCCCAGAUCUCAUCUGUAUAUUAACUGGGGCAGCCUUCACCUGCUCCCUUAAAGGAACAAUGCCACAUUUGUGCCAUAUGAUUUUUAAAUAACAUGAAUACCUGUAUUUUAAAAAAUCCUAAGUAGAAACAGACUCUAAAAAUAAUCUUCCUGCAGAAAUACUGUUAUUUAAACCAUUAGGAAUAACUGUCUGACAUAUAAUAUGCUUCUCGUUGAGAAAGUAUAAAUUGCUAAAAACCUCAAGGGCAUAUGUUGAUUUGCUCCUGUUCCUUUUAAAUGUUUUCAUUUUUGCUUUCUUUCACCACAACCUAAUCGAGCUCUUUACUUUAAGUCACUUGGAGACUUUUGGGUGACAAGUGACUAAUAAAUUUAAUAAAUAAUAUAUAUAUAUUUUAAAAAUCACAUUUUCAUAUUACAGUACUGUCCUUUGGUCUGUAGUCUUUGCUAGUUACUAGAUUUUUCGUUUAAUUUUAUAGCUGAUUUGCAGAGGAGCAAAAGGCCCACCCCCCGUCCCUGCAAAUAAGCUGCAACUUAUUCUACAAUUCUGUGAUUCUAUAAGGUGUUGUUGUUUAGUCGUUUAGUCAUGUCCGACUCUUCGUGACCCCAUGGACCAGAGCACGCCAGGCACUUCUGUCUUCCAUUGCCUCCCGCAGUUUGGUCAAAUUCAUGCUGGUAGCCUCGAGAACACUAUCCAACCAUCUUGUCCUCUGUCGUCCUCUUCUCCUUGUGCCCUCCAUCUUUCCCAACAUCAGGGUCUUUUCCAGGGAGUCUUCUCUUCUCAUGAGGUGGCCAAAGUAUUGGAGCCUCAGCUUCAGGAUCUGUCCUUCCAGUGAGCACUCAGGGCUGCUUUCCUUAAGAAUGGAGAGGUUUGAUCUUCUUGCAGUCCAUGGGACUCUCAAGAGUCCUCCAGCACCAUAAUUCAAAAGCAUAAAUUCUUCGAUGAUCAGCCUUCUUUAUGGUCCAGCUUUCACUUCCAUACAUUACUACUGGGAAAACCAUAGCUUUUACUAUACGGACCUUUGUUGGCAAGGUGAUGUCUCUACUUCUUAGGAUGCUGUCUAGGUUUGUCAUUGCUUUUCUUCCAAGAAGCAGGCGUCUUUUAAUUUCGUGGCUGCUGUCACCAUCUGCAGUGAUCAUGGAGC